GCGGUGGCGACGGCGGCUCCGCUCCAGGUGCGGCGGCUCCCGGCAACGUCCCGCUCGCGGCGGCACCGGUCGGUCGGUCCGUCUGUCCAGGCAUCGCGUCGCCUCGCGUCUGCCCCGUCCCAUCGCAUCCCUCGGCGCCGCCGGGUCGCUGUCCCCCGGGUCCCCGACCCCCGCUCCGCGCCGCCGGUUCCUUCGCGCUCCUCCCCGGGCUGGCGGGUCCCCGUGUCCCUCGGCGCGGCCAGUUCCCUCCCGUCCUUGUCCCGUCACCCCCGCCUGGCAGGUUCGGGUCUCUCGGUGCCGCGGGUCGCUCCCGGGGCUUCCGGAUUCGUCCUGCCUCUGCCGGUGCCCGGCCCCCUGUGAUAGCGUCGCCCCUCGGGUCUCUUCCAGCCCCACACCCGGCAGCAACAUGUGGCUCCUGGAGCGGCUGCGCGGGGUGGCGGAGAACGGCGGGUCCCGGGGCGGGGGGACAGAGGACUCCUCGCGGGGGUCCCGCUACAGCAACGUUCUCACCCCCGACAAGAUCCCCGACUUCUUCAUCCCGCCCAAGCUGAGCGCGGCACCUGCCGAGGCUGAGGGCUCCGAGGUCCCCGCAGCGGCUGCUCUGGGUGCCUCAGUCUCAGAACAGGACCUGGCCGGGCGCAAGCCCCCGCGCAGCCCCCGCCCGUCCAGCCGGUCCCGGUCCCGGUCCCGGACCACCGGGCGGCACAUCAUCCAGAUCGAGACCGCUGAGGACUGGACCGAGGGGAGCUGCGGCACCAACGUGGACCCGCAGGCACAGACGGCCAUGUCGCUGCCCUACGUGCCCAAGGCGCAGACCUCCUACGGCUUCGCCACGCUGAUGGAGAGCCCCCACACCCGGCGCAAAGAGUCACUCUUCCACAGCGAGCACAGCAGCCUCUGCCCCUCGCCCGUCACCUCGCCCAGCGCCCAGCGCAAAGCCAAGCUCAACGGCGAGAGCGGCCGCCGGACACCCUCUGACCUCGGCGCAGCCCUGAUGCACCCCGGCCGCUACUUCAGCGGCGGUGAGAGCGACACGUGCUCCUCAGCAGAGUCCUCACCCUUCGGCUCCCCGCUGCUCUCCCGCUCCGUCUCCCUGCUGAAGCUCUUCAGCCAGGAGAGCCAGUCCAAGGUCAUCAAGCUGAAGCACUCGGUGGCCCGCAACAGCUCGCUGUCCACUGACGACAGCUCGGCUGACACCAGUCCCAGUGCCCAGCGCCGCGCCAGGAGCGCCCCGGCCGGGCCGCAUCCUCCCACCGCCCUGCUGCCCCUGGACCUGCCCGCGGGCCGUGACCGGGAGCACAGCCUGCGGCUGAGCCGGGGCGGGAGCCUGCGCCUGGCUGCCGAGUACGACCCCUCCAACGCCCGGCUGCGUGUGCGCCUUGUCUCCGCCGAGGACCUCUACGAUGCCCUCGUCGACCUGCGCAGCAUCAACUGCUGCGUCUCGCUGUGCCUCAACCCUGGGAAGCUGCAGAAGCAGCGCAGCACCAUUGUCAAGAACAGCCGCAACCCUGUCUUCAACGAGGACUUCUUCUUCGAUGGGCUGGGCCCCGGCCACGCCAGGAAGAUGUCCCUGAAGCUCAAGGUGGUCAACAAGGGCAGCAGCCUUAAGCGGGACACGCUGCUGGGGGAGAAGGAGCUGCCACUCACCGCCCUCCUGUCCUGCCUGUAGGUACCUGCUACCAGCCCCGGAGGGAGCCCUCCCACCUGUGGGGCCGGGGCGAGGCAGGGAGGCCGGCUCUGUCCCCCAGCCCCGCUGGAGGAGGGUUUGGAAGGGCCCCCUGAGGAGGGCGGGGGUUGUGGCAGAGUGUGGGGGUCCCCAGGAAUGGUGCUGCUGUGGGGCUCUGCCAACACCAGCUGGUAGCCACAGCCUCUGCCUCUGCUCCCUCCCUGGUCCUGCCCUGGGGCUGCAUCUCCUAGAGCCCAGCAGAAAGUGGGGAGCUUCCAGCCCAUUCCUCACCAGGAAGGAUGGAAGCACCUGUUGGACUCUUCCCUCCCUGUGCCUGUGGUCUCCAGCUGCUGCCAAGCAGGUUGGAGGUGGGUAAAUCUCUGUAGCACACUUACAGCCACCUCUCAAAGCCCCAGCGCCUGUAGUCAGGCAACAGCUUUAAUUUAAAAGACAAGUUUCUAGUCUUGGAAACUGCAAUGAAAAUACUGCAGAGGUGACCCAAGAGUGGGCCAAGGGCGGUCACCCUGGGAGAUGAGUCAGGUUUGUGGCUUUUGAGCUUUUCCUGAACUCAUCCCAGCCCUGUGAGGCUGCAAGGUUGGCUUGGUCUGACAUCUGCAGCCUCCUGGGCUGCCUUCCCUGCCCACCCUAGCGCUGUCCCCCACUGCUGACCCCCAGUGGGAAACUGCUCAUGGAGCUUUAGGGGCUUUGGUUUGCCCAAAUCCAGAAGGCUGCCUGUGCCUUUCCCCUGCCCACGGGAGGGAGAUGCUGGGGCUGGCACCCCUUGCCCUGGGCAUACGGAUGGUUCCAGGCAGUGUCCCAGCAGAUCUGCUUGCUGACAAAUGCUGAGGUGACAGGAGUAGCCCUCCCUGAGUGCUGGGGCCAUCCCAGACUGGGCAGGAGGGCAGGCUGAGCCUUCACAACCCUCCACCCUCCCUUGCUUAUGAGGGCUGAGAAUCUUUCAAGUGGCUGCACCCGCUGGGCAGGAGAGAUGUGUCCUGUGGGGCCACCAAGCUCCUGUGCCCAGCAGGAUCUGGCUUCCCAAAGUGACUGACCUGGCUUUCAGCUUUUCUUUGGGGAGGGAGCGAGGUGCUCCCAACCCUUCCCGUCCCACCCUGUCAUCCCGGCUGACUGCCUGGGGACAGUGGGAGUGGGGAGUGCCGGGGCACUUCUGCAGGUGGAUAAAACACGCUGCGUUGUUGUUUGGUGUGGUGUCACCCAUUGUGUCGGGCUCUGCAUGUUUCUGUGCAGGGAGCAGGAUUUGCAGCGCUCCCAUCCCCGCCUGUUGCAGCACGCGUGGACACACACGCACACAUGUGUUAACCUCUGUGGUGGCAGUCGAUGUUCCUUCCUUGUCCUUUUGCAGCAGAUGGCAGAUCUCAGUGUUGGCUAUUUAUAUCCGAGGCUGAUCUUUCGCAGUGUUUUACUUCUGUCUGUAAAUAUGUUCCAGGUACACACGGCAUAGUUCUGAUUGCACCGUGUUUGCAUGUCGGGGGGAUUCAGGGUGAUCGUGGCUGUUUGUCGAGCUUGUGGUUCAAAACAAACCGUGCAGGACAUAAGGAGCUGACAUGUCCGUCCUUCACAGGGAGUUUCCCACCUGAGCCUUCCCUGUGCUCCCCCAGGAGCCAGCACGAGGGAUGGUCCCCGGCCCCCAAGUGCCCAGGCUCAUCCUGGGGGCAGAUGAGGGCUCUGGGGAGUGGGGGAUAGGGAGAGGUGUCACAUUCCAGAGUGUGGGGUGAACAUCCUGCCCCUGAGGUGGUCUGGGGCAGGGAGGGGACCCUGCCCAGCUGGCUGCUGCCUGACAGCCCCUGCACACACCACCAGCACCCUGUGCUCCCUGGGGUGCUGAGCCUGCGAGGGGCGGGGGGGAUAGGCUGCAAGAAGAGGGGGAAUGGGAGCUGGGAUGAAGAUUUGGUGCUCUGAGAGGUUUGAGGAAUGACAAAUCUCCCUCAGAAGAACUGUGUGCCUUUGGGUUUGGGGGAGGAGGAUGUUGAGACCAGAACCCCGGGCUGCUCCUUGGGGUGAGGCUGACCCCAGAGGGAGACCCAAGGGCCUGGGGGCUCUUGUCCUGCCCCACCCCAGCCUGUCCCAGAGCUGGCUGGAGUUGGGUGUGUGGCCAUGCAGUGAGUCCUGGGAUGAGCUGCUGUAAGCCCUGCUCUCUGCUGGGCUGGUGGUGUGGGAGCCAGGGCUGUUGCUUGGAUGGGUCUCUCUGCUUCUGGAGCUAUUUUCUAUUGUUCCUGCUUUGAUAUUUCUGUGGCUGGAUUUAAUGAUGUAUUUUUGGAGUGAAAAAUAUAUUAAUACCUGAAUGGAAUGUUUGUUUACAGAUUAUUUACUCUUUUUAGUGCAAUAAAGUAAUUUCUA